UAAUGUUAAAAAAUACAGUGAAAAAAUAUUGCAUGGAAGGCAGCAAAGUUAAUCAAGUUAUGAUUGCUAUAUUGAUGGUUCUCCCAGUGUUUUCAUACGGCACAGCGGUUGGCUGGCUGUCACCGAUGGGUCCACGGCUGAUGUCUGAAGAGACUCCGGCUGCGAAGCCUGUCCACCCCGACGUCAUAUCCUGGAUGGCGUCAGUCCCAUACUUGGUGGGGACACCAGCGGUCUUCCUCUUUGGUUAUAUCGUGGACAACUAUGGGCGGAAGAAAGCUCUAAUGCUUACUUCUCUUUCAAUGGCUGUUUGUUGGGGUCUGAAACUCUACUCCACCGAAACCUGGGCUCUGAUAACAGCCCGAGCAAUUAUUGGUCUAGGAGUCAGUGGAUCUUACGUAGUCACACCUCUGUACAUAAAGGAGAUAAGCGAAGAUUCUAUACGGGGCACGUUAGGCAGCUUAGUGGUGCUGAGCCAGAAUCUAGGGAACCUAGUAGUUUAUGUGUUAGGGGAAUAUUUGUGUUAUCACGCGAUCUUAUGGAUCUGCUUGGCGAUACCCCUGCUGCAUUUGUUGCUGUUUGCCGCUAUGCCGGAAACGCCUUCUUAUUUAUUGAAGAGUGGAAAAGUUGAGGAUGCCCGAUCAGCAUUAGCAUGGCUGCGCUGCCGGCCAGCUUUAGAUGCAGUAGUCGACACUGAGUUGCAGCUUUUGUUGCUGGAAUUGGAGCAAGACAACAACGGCAGCUUCUUCACCACAAUAAAGACUUUAGUUUCUGACAGCAGCACGUUCCGCGCUUUCCGGAUAACAAUGGCAAUAACCCUAGCCAGGGAGCUUUGCGGAUGCUUGGCAGUCUUACAUUUCGCAUCGCUAAUCUUCAGCCAAGCUAGCGGAGGGUGGGUGCUGACUGCCAAUCAGCAAGCAGCUGUGCUUGGAGUUGUACAACUUGUUGGUUCCUGUACAGCAUCCAGUUUGGUGGAGAGGACGGGGAGAAAGCCUCUUCUAGGUACAACGUGCUUCGUAUCAGGCAUAGCCCUGGGCGCCCUAGGAGCGUGGUUUGCAGCUAGUGAAGGUUCGCACGCAUGGUUGCCCGUGCUUGCGUUAUGCCUGUGCAUAUACUGUGAUGCUGCUGGUCUGCAACCGGUUCCAUUCGUAGUUAUGACCGAGAUGUUCUCCUUCCAGUAUCGAGGCACGGUAACAUCCAUUGUCACAGCGUUCGCCUGCGCAAUAGUAUCCAUAGAACUGCGGGUGUUUCAACCGCUGGCCACCAGCGUUGGUCUUUACCUCAUCUUCUGGAUCUUCUCCGCGGUGUGCCUCAUCAGCACUGUGUACAUUGUCUUCUGUGUUCCGGAGACAAAGAGGAGAACGAUAGAGGAGAUCUACGCGGAAUUCGGCGGAAAGGAGAAGGAGAAAGACUUGGAAGCGCAUGUCACACGAUUGUAGGUUACGAUAUAGUAAUGGAUGUAGAUUUUAUCACAGAAUUAAGAACAUACAGAAACCGUGUACACGACUAAUAUUGAAGCAUCAAAAGCCACUCCACUUUACAUUGAUUUCUCGAACCAACGCUUAGACUUUGCUCUUUUCUAUCAACAAUUUGCCAACUACACGACAUGGCUUAGCAUGGGCAGGAGACAAUUAUAUCCCCGGGGAAAAGACGAAAGUUUAUCUUCUCCCACACAGCUUUAUCAAC